AUCCCUCCCCGCGCGUAGUCGCCCUUCAUCAGCCGCGUCGUUGAGCUUGUGUGUGUGUUUACAUUAGACGCACUUGUAUUCCACGCUCCUCUCCGCGUCCAAGCAAAGUCCUAAGGGUGAACGGACACACACACGCUCAACCAACCACACACGAGCUCAGAUCUUCACUCGGGACUAGAUUACGCCUCCUCCAGCCCCGGUUCCCCUGGUCUCGCCACAAUGAAUUCGGACGAGUUUCGGCAGCGUGGCAAGGAGAUGGUGGACUACAUUGCCGACUAUCUGGACACUAUUGAGGAGAGGCGCGUGACUCCAGCCAUCGAGCCCGGCUACCUGCGAAAACUGGUGCCCAGCGAAGCGCCGCAGAAACCUGAGCAAUGGGAUGAUAUCAUGAAGGACGUGGAGGAAAAGAUUAUGCCUGGGGUAACUCAUUGGCAGCACCCGAGAUUCCACGCUUACUUCCCUGCCGGCGACUCCUACCCCAGCCUCAUCGGUGACAUGCUUUGUAACGGCCUGGGCUGCAUUGGUUUCUCUUGGGCCGCCUCACCAGCUUGUACGGAGCUUGAAACGAUAGUGCUCGAUUGGGUGGGCAAAAUGGUCGGCCUUCCAGAACAGUUUCUCUCCUUCAGCGAAAACAGUAAAGGAGGCGGAGUUAUUCAGGGCUCAGCGUCAGAGUGCAUCUUCGUGGCCCUGCUGGCUGCUCGCGCCCACACCAUUCGUCAACUGAAAAAGCAGCACCCAUUCGUAGAGGAGGGAGUACUGCUGUCCAAGAUGAUGGCGUACUGCAGUAAAGAGGCACACAGCUGCGUCGAGAAGGCCGCGAUGAUGGCCUUCGUCAAACUGAGGAUUCUGGAGCCCGACGAGAACCAUAGUCUUCGGGGCGCCACACUACAGCAGGUGAUGCAAGAGGACAGAGCAAUGGGUCUUGUGCCCUUCUACGUUUCGGCAACCCUGGGCACCACCUCCUGCUGCUCCUUCGAUAACCUCGCCGAGAUUGGCCCCGUGUGUGAGGAGUUCGGAGCUUGGCUGCAUGUCGACGCUGCAUACGCCGGCAGUUCCUUUACGUGUCCUGAGCUGCGGGGACCAAUGAGAGGCAUCGAGUACGCCUCGUCAUUCAACUUCAAUCCAAACAAGUUUAUGCUGACACACUUCGAUUGUUCACUCAUGUGGGUGCGGGACCGGUUCAAGCUGACACAAGCUCUGGUGGUGGAUCCUUUGUAUCUACAGCACUCCUACUCUGAGAAAUCUAUCGACUACAGGCACUGGGGCAUUCCUCUCAGCCGCAGGUUCAGGGCUCUCAAGAUCUGGUUCGUGAUUAGGUCUUUCGGCAUCGAGGGACUGCAGAAGUACAUUAGGAGUCACUGUCGCCUGGCCCGUCGCUUCGAGGCCCACGUGAAGAAAGAGCCGAUGUUUGAGGUAGCCAGUCCUGUCCACCUCGGCCUCGUCUGCUUCAGGUUGCGAGGAUCAAACGACAUCAACCAGAAGCUGCUGACUUCGAUCAACGCCUCGGGAAAGCUGCACAUGGUCCCAGCUUCCCUCAACGAUAAGUAUGUCAUCCGUUUCUGCGUGUGCCGCCAGACUGCCACGGAUGAUGAUAUUGACUACGCCUGGGAAGUCAUCAAACAGUUCGCCACAGACGUUCAGGAAACCAACCCGGAGAUCAUCGAGAACUACAGCCAGCUGAAGAAACCAGUGGAGGCCGAGGACGAGGUGGUCAAGGCGGAGAAGGUCAGGAAGCAAGACGCCAGCCUGCAAUACAAACGCUCCUUCUUCGUCCGCAUGGUGUCUGAUCCCAAAAUCUACAACCCCAAAAUUGUUCGCAGCUUGCCAUCCAACAACCCAAGGCGCCACACAACCUCUGAGUCAAUCGAGGAAAGCAACGUCUCCAUCAACUCUCCAACGAUUGACCUUGAUGUCCUGGAGGAGCUUUUGCAGCGCAGCGAUCUGAAGGAAAUGCUGCAGGAGGCGAAAAAGAAGGACAACAAAGCACUCAUUAAAAGGACAACCAGUGACAUCUCAGCACUAAUUGUUGUGCCGCCGUCCCCGUCACACGACCCGGAACACUGAGCCAGGCUGGAGAGGAGUAUGUGGAUGAGAAUAGUGGAGUAGGAAAGUGGUGACGUGACUCAGUCUAAGAAGAAGAUAAAUUUUGAAAGGUUUAAAUUCCGAAUGUUUGCUGAAUGUCACAAAUCAAAGUCGCCACUCCAUUGUUAGGUCAUGAGUAAGUGGUAUUAAGAGUUGAACUGCCUCCUCAGUACCACGGGAUUCAGUCUGAGAAGAGAAAGAAGAAUAAGGAGUUUUGAAAGGUUUUGAUCUGAACUCGUGCUGAAUGAGUCACAAAUCAAAAGCCGCCACUGCAUUAUAGGCUAAGUAUGGUGGUAUUAAAAGUUGAGCUGCCUUGUUAGUACCACAGGAUUGAGCCUAAGAAGAAAAAGAAGCGGGGGUUUUGAUAGGUUCUGAUUCUGAACCGUGUGCUGAAUGUCACAAAUCAAAGUUGCCACUCCAUUUUAGCUCAUAAGUAAGUGGAUAUUAAGAGUUGAAUUGCCUCGUCAGUACCACGGAAUUAAGCCAAAGAAGAACAUGAAGAGGAAGAAUAAGAAAGAGUUUUGAAAGGUUUAAAUUCUGAAUGUAUGGUGAACGAAUCACAAACCUAAAGUCACCACUGUAUUUUAGCUCCUAAGUAUGGUGGUAUUAAGAGUUGAAUUGCCUUGCCAGUACAGUAAACGUUUAGUGAGACUGCAACAUUCGGAUCGGUCAGUAAUAGGCUGAUCCGAGGCGAGACUCAAUGAUCUUAGCGCUAUUAAUCUCACAUGCAGAGCAGCAGCAGGACUCGCCUUGUGUGUGCUGUAAGCUCAUCUCUCGUGCAUCCCUUCUCGAUCUAUGCUUUAUUCCUUAGUCCACUCUGUAAACUCAAUGGUUUUCUGUUACAAUGUCCGUAGCAUGUCCGUUUUCUUUUUGUUGAUGUUCUUUUUUUUUCAUAUACAUACAUGUAUAAGUUUCAUGUAUACGUUUUUUAAUUACUGUUGUUAUUUUUAUGUUAAGUUAAUUGUGUUAGUAUGCAAUGAUUGUGCUUUUUUUAACUAUUGUAUGUGACGUGUGUGUGUGUGUGUGUGUGUGUGUGUGUGUGUGUGUGUGUGUGUGUGUGUGUGUGUGUGUGUGUGUGUGUGUGUGUGUGUGUGUGUGUGUGUGUGUGUGUGUGUGUGUGUGUGUGUGUGUGUAAUUACACUGUUAACUCAUUCACGCAUUCAGUAAAAAUUUAUCUUUUCACUAAACAUAGA